CCCGACAUCGACCAACACCUCACGACCUCCCUACGACUUUUGAAACGAAGCCAGAGCCCGAUUCUAGAACGUGAACUCCACCAUGACAUAUCUUUUCACGAACAUUCGAUUGUCGGCCUACGCCUUCGUCCUCGUCUUGACUGGCACAGUGCUUGGGAUCUCGGCAUAUUUUGCCAGCAUCUUCCUUCCGAACCUACAUCACGACUUCACGAUCUUCUCCCUAGUGGUCCCGGCCUGGACCAUAUUCAUAAUCAUCGUAUUACUAAUAAGAUCGCAACCGCGGUUUGAGGCGGUUUUCUUGUUCAUCACGGCUGUCCUAUGGCUAACUAUGGGUGCAUGGUCCUCUGACACGAUCGGUGCAGUGGAGUGCUUUUCGAUGGGUAAUCAGAUGACACCGACAAAGAAUGGACAGGUUUCAGCGCGUGCUUAUUGUUACGAGUCGAAGGUCGUGGAGGCCUUUUCGUGGGCGAUCUUCAUUUGCCUGGCCUUCUCCCUGAUCUUUAUCAUCGCACUGGCGAACAGAUCUCAAGUGAUGGGGUACCCUUACAUCUGGCAGGAAUCAACGGAUCUCCUACCGUGGUUCGGACAAGCCCCUGGCUAUCCUGGCGUUCCUUACUCUUCCUACCCCCAAAUGUACGGAGGAUAUCCUAUGAGUGGUGCAGGUGUGCCAGGCAUGAUCUAUGCCGGUGGAAAUGCGAUUCAGCAGCGGCCUGGCCACUCCGUAGUCAUUCAACCGGGCGUCAAUGGUCAACCUGCCACGGUUACUCAAUAUCCAGGCAUAGUGCAGAGCAUCUAAGUCCAAGGGCUAUGCUACUGGCCUACGUUGAGAGCGGAAAAAAGGACGGUUCUCAUGACUAACCUAUGUGCGAAUGCACCUUUUGGAUACGUGCAACCUUGCUUCAAGUGUACAUACUGAUGAUUCACGUUCCACCAUGUAUGUGGACGAGUUACGUCUAGACGGAUAUAUUUAUCGGUCGCCGGUCAUUGGUCCAACACAUGUAGUCCUCAUGU